AUGAUCCUACGGUAUGCACAUGUACUCUCCCUAUGUUACGUUUUCACGACGUGUCUAGCCAAUACGGAGACUCACCUCGUCAAAAUUCCGCAAUUUUACAACAUUCCCACUAGCCACCGCCAACUACAAACGCACGAGCAGAUCAUCAAUUUGAACCUCACGCACUCAGUUGUACUCAACCACCCCAUCGAGACUAUCGAAGAUCAACUCCUGCCGAGAAACGAGCAGGCGCUAGUCUGGAAUAUAGUUUGCGUACCGUACGAUACAAUCGCGCAACCGCGCAAGACGUUGCUUUUCCACUUGGGCGACCCGAACAUGCAAAACGGCGAUUUAUACUUCAUUAAACUUUGCUGGCCCGCCACAUCGCCUUAUGAGUUCAGGAUAUCGCACGAGUACAUAAAGACGCACGAGCUUCUCGGACCGGAAGAAGGCCGCAGUGCCGAGUUGGAUCUUUACUUGCGGGUGGACUACAGAUUCUUUGGAGUAGCGUUGGAUCCUCAGCGUGUUUUGAAACGAGACGAUUCAUUGGAAUUCUUGUUCUACAUCGAGAAGAUGCCGGUGAACUGGUUGCCUAUCCCGUUGGAGAUGUACGAUUUGAUUGUGUAUUUGGCUGACAUUGCAAUUUUGAUUUUCACUCAGUUUAGCCUUAUCAAGCACAUUCUAGGCCUUUGA